UGCGAUCUCCCGGAAUACGCGGAGGGAGUACUGCGAAGUGCAAUCGGGAAAACGAAUCUUUUACUUGAUAAGAAAUUGGCGACAUUUGAUGAUUUGGUCCAGAAACACUUGAAUCAAGGCGCUCACGACCCACAACGGGUGUUGCUUGAUGACCUGGCAGGUUACUGGGCGCUUAUCAGCAUGCAGUUGGAUCAGCUUGAGGAGGAGUUCAGAGAAAUUAGCUUACUUCGCGAGAACAACUGGAUUCAGCAGACUUCUCCAAGUGGCGCAGCCGACACGAACAGCGCUGAAGUGAAACAUGGACGAGCAGUUUGUCCGCCAGUUGCAAAUGGUGAAAGGCUGUCGCCGGAGCCACAUUCCACACAAAGUUCUGCUACUAUCCCAACUCGUCGUGAAAAAAAGCUUGUCAAAACGCGGAAGUAG